AUGAUUCCAUCAUUAAGAUCCCUUGGGGGAUAUGUAUGGAAAUUCAACCCUAGAAUAACAGAAACUCAAAAACAAUCAAUGAGAAAAAGAAUGAAAACUAUAGAUUCAAAUAUUGAAAAUAUAACCAUGGCAUUGUCAAAUUCAAAUCAUUCAAAAAUUCAAUUUUGGAAAAAUGAAUAUCCUAAAUCUAGUGAAAUGGAUUCAAGAGAUAAAUAUACUACUUUUAAUCCUCAUUAUAAAGAUUAUAGAAAACCUGUUCAUCGUGUUCCUAAAUGGACUAAAUUAUCAUUUAGACUGAAUCCAAAACAUUUCUGA